ACACUUGAAGGGAACUUUGGCCGAGGCUCCGACGGUCCCAUACGCGCCCGGGGCCCUUCACGCAAGAUCUCCUCCCUGCUCCUCUUCCUCGCAUCCUCGUCCUCGUAUUCGUCGUCCUUCUCCUCGCGGGGCGGCUAAUGGAACGAGGCUGCCGGGCCGGGGCGACACGACAACUCCAUUAAAGGUACCUGGGCAUGGUGGGCGUGACGCAGCUGCUGCCGCAGGGGGACCAGGAGGUGCAGAACGUGAGCACCUCCUCUGCCGUCAGCAUCUGCCAGCAUCUGCCGGGCCUCGUGCAGCAGCAGGUGGCCGUCUGCCAGAGCCACCCCGACACCAUCCGCAGCGUGAGUGACGGCGCGCGCCUCGGCAUCAACGAGUGUCAGUUCCAGUUCCGCAACGAGCGCUGGAACUGUACCACCGGCGCGGACAUCGACUACCCCUUCGGCUUCACGCUCAGGAGGGGGAGCAAGGAGACCGCCUUCAUCUAUGCCGUGACGUCCGCCGGGGUGGUGCACGCCGUGACGCAGGCCUGCUCCUCCGGCAACCUCACCGACUGCUCCUGCGACAUGAGCAAGCAGGGACUCUCCACGCCCGAGGGAUGGAAGUGGGGGGGCUGCAGCGACAACUUGAGGUUCGGCGUCCAGUUCGCGCGGCAGUUCGUCGACGCCCCGGAGAAGGAGAGACACAAGAAGCUGAAGAGAAGACGGAACCUGAUGAACCUCCACAACAACGAGGCUGGCCGUGAGGCCGUGGCGCGGCUCAUGAAGAUGCAGUGUCGUUGCCACGGAGUCUCCGGGUCGUGUGAGCUGAAGACGUGCUGGCGCUCCAUCCCGACCUUCGCGGUGGUGGGGGACUACCUCAAGGGAAAGUACUCCACCACGCUCAGGUACAAGCGCAAGAAGAUGAGGGGGCCGAGGUGGCGCGACUCGUCCCGUCGGCGGAGGAAGCGACGUGGCCGCCGCAAGCGUCGUUUCCUGGCCGAGAAGGACGAGCUGGUGCACAUCCACAAGUCGCCCAACUACUGCAUCCAGAACAUCAAGAAGGGGAUCCUCGGCACGCAGGGCCGCGCCUGCAACAAGACCUCCGUUGGCGCCGACUCCUGCGACCUUCUGUGUUGCGGCAGGGGAUACAACACACAGGUUGUGCGGUACGUGGAGCGAUGCCACUGCAAGUUUGUGUGGUGUUGCCACGUUCAGUGCAAGACUUGCAUCACCAAUGUUGAUGUGCACACCUGCAAGUAGCUGAGAGGCGCAGGUGACAUGAGCAGUGGGGAGCACAUGCCUCGUUCACCUGACAGAGGAAGAGUUGUGACCCGGGAUCGAUUCUUGGGCCGUCUGGGCGCUGCGGAAGCAAACACGAGGAGGUGGACCGUACAAGACUUAUAGUGAACGAGUAUCAUGUUGAGCAACAACCGACUCGGUGCCCAGACGCAAGAACGCUGAGCGAGAUGCUCCAGCUGAGCCAAUCACUGCAAAAAUGAUGCACAUAAAUUUACAGCUGUUUAGUCAGUCGUAGUGGUAAACUAACAGCAUGAUAGUUUAGUGCUUUAGUGGUGAUGAUCAGGUAGACUCUGUGGAAGCUAAGCCAAGGCAGCCGCUAGUGUUGAAAUCCGUCGCCCCAGUGUCUGGAAGUCCAGUGUAUUCAUUACUAUAAUGAAAUUGCCCUGUGUGUCGAGGCGGCUCCUCUCUACACUUGGCCCCCACACCGGGUCGCGGCGGCCCAGUGUCACCUCGUAACCCCAAACCACCUUACUCUUGGACAUCUCACAGGAUCGCCGCUCUUUAAAACAGAAGCAGUGGUACUUAUCGCUGCUUGUUCCGCCCGCAAGGCAACCAGUGGCGAGGAGUGCCGCCAACAGACACCUCGCGCCGCCAGGAAGGCCGCGCAGCCCUGGGGAGGAACAGAAGGAGCCGCUGCCUCAUACAGCCACGCAGGACUGCCGGUGACAAGGUAUUACCAGAGGCAGCUAGACGGCGCCCACCAGCAGGCUCUGGCUGCCUCCACACCACCACCACCACAACCACCACCACUAUCACCACCAUCACCACCACCAGACACCACCACCAGACACCCAGAACAAGCCACCCAGCAGCUUCUUCCUCCUGAAGGGGACAACUCUCUUUAGUCGUCCGAGUAAUGGAUCAAAAUAUUUUGUGUGAAAUAUAUUGCAAUAAACUUUAUGUCAGAUAUUUACAUACCAUUAGCUAUGAUUGGACUUACCAUUACCUCAUAUUUAUGGUGUCGUGUGUACAGUGGUCCCUCCCAGUGGUAGUUUCAUAAACUAUGCUGUGUUUGUAUAUAACGAAGAAUAUUUUGCUUUUUAAUGCCCUUCACAAUUAUCUCUGAGUUCAUGGCUGAGAUUAGGACAUUCUUGUUCCACCAUAACGGAAGACCCGUGCGGUAGGUGUGUGGUGGCUGCCCCCCCCCCCCCCUGGCCCUGACCCCUGCUCCACCUGGGGAGGCUCAGAGGUGUGGCGGGGCAGCAACAUUCACAACACCUGGUCGGCACGUGCUUAGCCAGAGUCUAAACAAAAUAUAUAUAUACAUAACUAACUCUGAGUUGGUGUGUUAGGCUGCGGCGGGCGGCAGCGGCGUGGGGAGGGAGGGGCAGCGGGGGGGGGAGGGGAGGCAAGGCUGGUUGGGAAGUCAUGUCCUGCCCUCGUGUCUCUGGAUCCCCAACAUUGCAUCCUUUUCUCCAUUUGGUUCACUUGUACAAUGACAUUAUAAUAUAUGCUAUUUUUAUCAUUUCUCCUGUAAAAUAUGUGCACAAUGUAUGAGAGAGAGAGAGAGAGAGAGAGAGAGAGAGAGAGAGAGAGAGUGUGUUCCACCAAUCAGUCUGCCUCUUCCCUUCCGUGCGCAAUGUCCCGAGCCGCCGCCGCUGUGCCCGCCAGUCCUGUGAGGGAGUCAACACCAGCUCCGUGUGACCCCUGACCCUGUGUCCCUCUUCCAAUUGUUCACCCACUCGCUCCUCUGCAGCCAAUUGGAUCAGAAGGUUUGGGCCUCAACGUCUAAGCUUCUCCAUUUACAAAGUGCUACCGUUCUCAGGGUCCCCACAUGUUCCCGUCUUGAUAUUGGUACCGUUUUGAAGGUUUAGUGACACUCGACGAUACAUGAAGCUUCAGUCCCAGCCACAUGUUUCCUUCGUUAUAUUGGUACUGAGGCCCUUUAUUAAACGUAUCGGUCUCCCAUUACGACUAUUCCUCAAGGCCAUAGAAAAUUAAUCGGAUUUUCAAGGGUGAUUUUCCCUUUCAAGAUGAAUGAGCCGUGUAAAACUAUCACUGAGAUCACAAAACAGUCCAUGAAAAGCCCAGCAGCUUCUACGAGAGGCUUUCGAUCCAAGCAGGCGAACUGAGGCGUCGAUACGUUUAGAAACACGGGCUUGAGUGUUUGAUGUUUGGGUGGCAUGGAUUGUACUAAAUGAGGCCUCGAUUAAAUUAGUCGAAAGGUUGUUUGAUGGCACUGAGUUUUAAUGUUUGUGAUUCGAACUCUAAAUGAAGCUUCAGUUCCACACAACUUUUUUUUUCCAACAUUAAUAUUCGUACUGAAUUUUCAACGUUUUGGUGAAAUGAACUGCAAAUGAAGCUUCUGUUCUAAAAGAUAAAAGUGACUUGUUUUCUCUGUUCCCACCACUAAGACUAGCACUUGCUUUCGAGGCUUUGGUAAAAUGAAGCUUCAUUUCCAUUUGUUGCAAGGUUGUCUGCUUUUCAUUUCGUCACAGUGAGUGUCGCUGAGCUAACAAAAGAUCACGUUAUAAUUAUAUUUCUUCCCUUGUGUUUGUAAUAUAACACGUACAAACCAUAUUAGAUGCCAAAACUAUACCAGUUAUGUUAUAUAUUUGCCUUACUGGCUUCGACUUCGUGUUCAUACUGUUUAAGCUGUGGUGAACAUCCUUCUGUCCUUUACGAAGAUUUCACUGAGUCACUUCACGUCUUGGUCACUUCCCUCACUCAUGCGUCGAGGAUGCUGAUGUUCACUCCAGGACUCCCCUGUAAAUACCUGUAUCAUACAAGGCACUAAAGCAGAGAUGUAGAAACUCAUACAUGUAUUGACUAGUGUAGGUCACGCUGUCUUAGGGUCUGAACACUAGUUAAAAGCUUUCCAUGUGUCUGUGAAGAGAGAGAGAGAGAGAGAGAGAGAGAGAGAGAGAGAGAGAGAGAGAGAGAGAGAGGAGUAGAUGUGAGUGAAGACAAAAUGAGAGUAUUGUAGAGUUGUCGGUUGUAACAAGGAUGAAAUCAAUUACACUUAAGAGAAUACUUUAAUCUUCGAGUAGGUGUAAGCCUUGUACUGUCGAACUCUGGUUAGCAUUAGCAUUAAAACAUAGCUCGUUACUGCUGAUUGUAGUUCUCUUAAGCUCUACCUAAUGUCGGUGAACUUCAGAUGCAUAUGUACAGUGGUAACACAAUAAAUAUCCAACAUGA